GUUAGAACCUAUAAAAUGGUGGAAAAACACAGGUGUAUUUGUAUUGUCAUCUUUCAAUCAUAUUUCAAGACAAUAACAGAUGUAUUGAAGGAGUCAGAGAAAAGAAAUGGGCAAUCAAUCCACUGUGACAGAAUUCCUUCUGAUGCGAUUUUCUGAUGAUCAUGAUAUGCAAAUUCUGUAUUUUACAAUGCUCCUUGUCAUUUACUUAUUAGCCUUAAUUGGAAAUUUCCUUCUUAGUGUUGCUGUGAUCCUAAACCAGAACCUUCAUGCUCCCAUGUAUUUCUUUUUGGUAAAUUUGUCAUUCUCUGAUGUUUGCUUCAUCUCAACCACGAUCCCUAAAGCCAUGGCUACUUCUUUGACAAAUAACAGGGAGAUCUCCUAUGUUGGAUGUGCUGCUCAGGUCUUCUCAGUUAUUACUUUUGCAGGUACUGAGCUUGCCCUGCUGACUGUCAUGGCUUAUGACCGUUAUGUGGCCAUCUGUCACCCUCUGCAAUAUACACUAAUGAUGAAUUGGGAUGCCUGUUUACAAAUGGCAGCUGCUUCCUGGAUAAGUACCUUGAUUGAUGCUUUCCUGCACACCACUCUCACUUUCAGAUUAAAUUUCUGCAAAUCCAAUAUAAUUGAGCAGUUUUUUUGUGAUAUUCCUCAUCUACAACAUAUUUCUUGUACUGAUACAAGAAUUAAUCAGAUUGUAAUUUUCAUUCUAGCACUUACUAUAGACACAUUUUGUAGUGGGCUCAUUUUUAUUUCCUAUGGCUACAUCUUCUGUGUUGUUCUAAAAGUCCCUUCAGUUCAAGGCAGAUAUAAAGCUUUCUCCACAUGUAUUCCCCAUAUGACUGUCUUUUCUUUAUUUUUUAUCUCUGUUCUGUUUGCAUAUAUGAGGCCCCAAAGUGUUUCCUCCCACACUUUGGACUUGCUCUCAGCUGUUCUCUACACAGUUUUGCCCCCACUCCUCAAUCCCCUCAUUUAUAGCUUCAGGAACAAGGACAUCCAAAAGGCCAUGUGGAAAAUGCUUAAGAAGUAAAAGCAGAAAAAAACAGAUCUGGAUAAUUGCAUUCAUUGUUCAAAAUCUCUUUUCACAGAAUAUUAUGCUCUGCUACUUAUCUGGGUUAGGUAAAUAACAGUUUAAACAAUAUCGGUUUAUAUCAUGUGAUUGAUUCUUGGUAUUGUGGAGAAUUAAAAAAUAUUAAAUUUUAAAAUUGUAAGUGACAGAAAUCCUGAUCUAACUUUAACUGAGAUGCUUAUUCUGUCCUAUGACAACUAUCUCUUCUUUUUUCCUCAGAUUGUAAGCCUUUAAUUUUUCAGAACUCAGUCAUUGGUUAUUAAAAAAAAAAAACCUAAAACAAGUUGUUAUUCUUUUUUUUUCUAGGAGCUAAAAGUCCUACCCAAAGUAAAUUUCAAACAUUUAUACAAUCAUAAAAAAUCCAGCUGAAUCCAUUCAGCAAUCUUUGAAAGCUUUCAGUCAUCACCAUGAUAACACUGACUUUGCUCCACUGAUGCUCUUUUGCUCAUAUUUUUCCUUUGGAAAAAAUUGUAACAGAAUAAAUCAACUUUAAAAGACAGAUUUUAUUUUUAAAAUGCUAUAAAAUUACUUUUUUUCAGUCUUCCAUCUAUGUAUUUUCUUGUUAAUUUUUAAUGUAAUUUCUUUCACCCCUAAUGGAGCCUAGAAGUCAUAGACUCUUGAUUUCUACCCCACCUUCUUCAUUAUAACAACACACUGGCUCUCUUUACAGGGAACAUCUAUCAGUAACAAGUCCAUUCAGUUUUAAAGGAUGGUUUGCUUUCCACUUGUAGCUUUGAUCUCAUCAUUUGUAUAUAUUUCCAAUAUAGUAACAUGUCCAAUAUAAAUAACAUUUAUUCCAUUUCGACACAGUGGUCUAUAAUACUAUGUUUAUAAGGCAUUCCUAUUAAGCAGAAGUUUAAUUCUUUGGUCAAGACUGGAAUACUGUUCCUUAGGUAUAUUGAUCCUAGAUAAUAUUGUUUUAAUCCAUUUUAAUCAGAAUAGAGCUGGAAGAGACCUUGAAAAAAAUGCAUAACAAUUUAUCAUUAUCAAGUAUUAUAUAACUUUCAUAUAUUUCUCAGUAUAUGAAGACAAUAAGAUGCAAUUGUCAAAAUUUUCAUUAUGUAAUUGUGGGAAUUAGGGAAAAAGUGCAUCAAUCUAUAUUUUAUGUCAUUCUACUGAAAAUCCAUGAAGUGCUGGUGCUAUUUUAUUAAUUGUAAUCAAAAUUCCUUUUUUGUCUCAUCUGUAUCCAAAGGAGCAUCAUAAAACAUUAAAUGAAAUGAAACAUCUGAAUUUCUAAAAUUUUGUCUUAGAAUGCAAAGAUAUUUUGAGUUGUGAACAGCCAACAAAUGAAAAUAAACACAUGACAAGGAGAAUGAGAAUGAGAAGAUGCUACAUGGUUAAAUAUCUUUAGACAUAAGACAGUGUUGUGGGUUAUAGGUAUUUAGCAGAGUGAUGGCAUGGAAGCUAUUUCUGUGUGUAGUUGUUUUGGCAAACAAUGUCCUGUAGAGUCGUCCUGAGGGUAGAAGUUGAAACAGUUUGUGUCCAAGAAGUGAGCGAUCUGUAGAUAUUUCUCAGCCGUCUUUCUUGUUCUUGCAAUGUAGAGGUCCUCAAUGGAAGGCAGACUGGUUGCAAUUAUUUUUUCUGCAGUCCUAACUAUCCAUUAUGAAUAUGAAUGCAUAUUCAUAACUACUUACCAAGUUUUUAAUUGCUAGGAGCAAUUACAAUUUCUAUGGGAAGAUGGAUCAGGAAUCCAUAUAGGUGAAUGAAUUGGUGUAACUAUAUUUUCCAGAUUGAAAAGGUGACAUGUGCAAUUUGGUCAUUUCAAAAAGCUAACCUACCCAUUUCGUAGUUUUAUGAAAACUGUGAAGAGAGACCGCAAACGGAAGAAAAUAUUACAUGUUACUUUGCCUUUAGUAAUAAACAUUAUGAGGUACUGUAUACUUUGUGGAGCCAAUGUGAAGCAUUCCACAAGGAUGUGUUUCAAAGCAUGUAAAACAACUGUAUUCCAUUCAUUAUCUUAUUUAUUUAUUUAUUAUUUUUGGUAUAUUUAUGGACAGAAAAAGAAAACAUAAACUACAAUAUUAAUUAUUAUUAUUAAUUAUUCUUAUAUAUUCUUACACGAAACAUGUAUUUAUUUAUUUAUUUGUUUGUUUGUUUGUUUAUCAAAUUUUCAUGCUGCCCAUUUCUCCAAAAAUGAC